UGCUGCACAUGCAUUGAUUACAUCUGUCUGCGUAUACGGAUGUCAUGUCAAUUGUCAUCCAUUCACUCAUCCACUCAUUCACUCACUCAGUGGAUGCAGACUCAUGCUGACUGGACUGCCGGAGAACAGCGCAGCACAGCACGGUGCACCCAUGUCGACGCAUGCAAUACACAUGAGCAGAUGCAGCCACAGACGACCGACGGAUGGACAAGGCAAGCUUCGCGCGCUACCCUCUAGACACACACAAUGUCAUCACCAUGAACGAACGCAUCAGAGAUAUGUAUGUAGCAAAAAAGCACAUCAAACCAACCAACACAAGAAGGAAAGAAGCUAGAGUGGUUGUUCUGUCCUCUGUCGAUUCGGUUCUUUCCCAAUUCAAAGCACGGCAGACAGACGGAUGAAUCAGUCAGUGUGCCAAUCAGUCAGUCAGUCAAUCGACCACAGCAGCAGCAGCGAUACUGAGAUACACAGGGAGGUAGGCAGGAAGCUAGACCCUCUUCGUUGGCCUGCCUUAUCGACACCAGCGGCAGCAGUUGCAUGAGGGGGGAUGCAUUGCUCGAUAUAGGUAGACAGCAGGCAAUGGGUGGUAUGUAUGGUACAUCUGUGUAGGGUAUCUUACAUGCGCACACGCACACAAUAAUGAAUGAAUGCGACGCAGCCAAGUGGAUAGAUUAGAAGGCUAGGCAGAUAAUCUCUCCGUGCGUGUGACCGACCGACCGACCGACCGACCGACGACCAAUGGAUGAAUGGACAGGCACACACAGACAAAGCGAUGGCAGACGGCAGACGGCAGCGAGUGAGGUAAAAAGGCCAAUAUAUCUGACGGGAGCAAAAUCAUUGACUGACUCCUGCGAAGGUACGAUCAAAAGAAGCUUCGCCGAUCCUGGGUGGACCAUCCCAUCCGUCCCACCAACACAACAGCCCCCGCCCUCCCCCACCCACCCUCCCAGCAAGCAUUACAAAUCAAUCAGACUCGCUUUGCGCAGCAUAAGCAUACCACACACUCUUCCUUACAUGGACACACACCACACACAUCUACAUCUACACGGACACUGACUGAUUUGAUAAGUAUGCAUGUAGUAUACAAGAGAUACAAAUCGGUCACCCCACCACCCCACCCCGCCUCACCCCCUAUAUGGCGGGUGGUGGUGCUCAUAGCCAUAGCCGUGCCGCACAGGGCUCCCAGUCGCCCUCGACAGAUAAGUGGGGUUGGCCGUCGAGUAGGGGAAGGACGGCCGCUUCAAGGCCAUCAGGUGGGGCACCGAGUGCGAUAAGAGGCUCUCCUGCAUCGGCACCGGCACGCACGAGUCGCCUGCGUCUGCUGGCGACGGCUGAUGGGGCGGUUGCGGGUGGUGUGGGUGUUGGAGGAGGAGCGUCCUGCCAGCUGUGACGGAUGAAGCCGCACAGAAUGGGUAGAUCUGGAGGCCCGUCAUCUUCUCGUACAUCUUCUCAAGCCUGCGUAGACAGACAGACAGACAGACAGACGUGUGUGUGUUGUGAGAGUGGCUUGCGGGGAGGGAGGGGGGAUUUCGUGUGUGGCUGGGCUGGCUGACCAGAAGAAGUAUGCGGCCUGGACCUCCUCCCUCAGAGGCAGCGGGUGGGCUUCGCUGCCCUGCCAUGUGCUGCCCAGGUCAACCAAUAAAUCAGCCGGCAACUGAACACACACACAACAAAACACAACAACAUAUCGCAAAGGAAAGGUAAUGGAGCCACCACAACCACAACCGCCCAUCCCCAUCCCCAUGCCGGCGCACAAGCAUACCUCCUGCAGCAGAUGGGGGUUGGCGUUGAUCUCGGCCCUCUGGAACUCCUCAAUCCUGUGCAGAAAGCUGAUUGCCUCGUGGUCGUACCCCCAUAUCCGCCACUCUGGCCCCCCCGGCCCCUCCGCCCCCUCAUGCACACCAAUACCCAUCCCGUCAUCACCUUCACACACGCCUGCCGUAGUCGAGCCGCUGACGUUGCUCGCGUGCACGGAAGACCCCGACUGGCUGACGGUUGUAGGGGGCGGGGGGUGGGGCGGCGGGUGAUGGUGCAUCAUCAAUGGGUGGAUCUCGCGAGCUGAUGCUGAUGCCGUUGCGUGUUGGUGUGCACCCGACAUGGAGAGGGAGAGGGAGUCCGCGGCUGUGGGGGGGGCUGUGGGGGGGUGUGGGUGGCCAUGGUCGCCGUCUUGGUGCUGCUCUUCUUGUGAGUGUUGUGGGGGUGGGGUGGGGGUGGGCGCGAGUGUUGGCUCGUUUUCGUCGCUAUAGAGCGUGUCCGAGGCUGCAGCGGCGGACGCCACCAUGCUCUGCACCAUGAGGUCGUCGUCAUCGUGCCUCGCCGCUGCUGCUGCUGGGAAGAGGGAAGUGCACGUGCGGUGGGGGGGCGGGAGGCGAUAGUAUAGCUGAUCACCACAGAGCCAUUGCGAGGAACGCUCUCUCUCUCUCUCUCUGUGUGUGUGUGUGUGUGUGUGCGCGCUCUGUGUGUGUGCGUCUGUGUGUGUGAUCUGCUUACCACGAAGCUGAGCAGUGAUUUCUCGAGCUUGCCCAGCUGUGACGUCAGGUGGUAGCCCUCGGUCGGCCGCAGGGGUGACAUCAGCUCGCUCGCCACCGCCCUCUCGUGUGCGCGGGACAGAGACAGCCUCCCCCUCUCUCUCUCCCUCUCCCGCCCCGCCUGUAGGCCGAUGCUCUGCGACAUCUCCAUCUCGACGGCCAUGCCCACCGCACGAUUCAUGCUCUGACAGACGGCAGGCAGGCGUGCAUGGGAGAUGUCUGCGGGUCUGUGGGUGUGGAGGAAUGUGUGUGCGUGGGCUUGUGCUUACGGCGUGCAGAGGCUGCAGGUAUGGCGGCGGUGCGUUGUAGAGUUCGUUGCCGUGCCGACGGAGGUCAAAGUGACCAAAGGCACACCUGACACACACACACACAGAGGGAGAGAGCGAGAUGAAUGGACAAGCAUGUCCUCCCCAUGUGUGUGUGUGUGUCGUCGUCCGUGCGUACCAGUCGCCGAGUGCCUGCGUUUCGUAUUUGCAGGCCUUGAUGAAAUUGGUGAUCUCGGGGGCACUCGCAGGCAGCCCUACACACAACACAAAGCAGCACCACACACCACAGCAGGAGUUUGAGCACCACCCAUCCCAUGUGUGUGCGUGUGUGUCGGCGUACAGAUCAUGAGGAUGACAGGCGCCAGUAUGACGCCCAUGAUCUCCUCGAGGAGGUAUGCCAGGCGGUAGUUGUAGAAGUCGGCGCAGAAGCUGUCCCUCACGGACCGGUGCAGCUUGGCCAGACCCAGGUUGAACCCUCCACCACGGCCGACACCAUCUGCACACACAUACAAACACACACCCAGCAAACAGACACACGGAGAGAGAUACAGAAAGAGGUUCAGACGGACGCCGUCCGUGUGACGGACGCAGUUGCAGGUAGGUACCUACCAGUGGUGGGUCUCCAGGAGGGCGGGAGGUAGUGUGUGUGCUGCACCACCCGCAUGGUGGCCAGGUAGGUGGACAGCAAGGACGAGUCGGCACUGCUGUCGUCCUGGUGCGUGUGGCUCAAGGCGACCAGGAAACCAAACACCGCCAAGUACCACAGCAAAUUCUUCUCAAACACCUGUGUGGACAACACACAUCACCGCACACACAGGCAUCCAGCCAUCCCUCCACACUCACUCUCUCUCUCUCUCUCUGCGCUGGGGUGGGAUGAUUGACCUUACCUUGACGAAGAGCAGGGGCGUUUCGUCCCAGAGUGCGAUGGCCACCAGCACGGCCAGGAAAGACCCCGCAAUGUACUUGACGCACCGCUUCACGCUGUCCUGAGCCGGCGAUUGCCUGAAUCCAUUCCAUGACAUGACACACACCGAUGUCGUCACUCAUGGAAUGGUGGAUGGGAUGGGCGAAUCACGUACCAUCCCGAGUUGACGUACUCCUCGGCUGCUUUCCUGGCCUUCUGCAGCCUCCGUUGGAACUGGUGUGGCAGCUCGUUGAGCUCCCUGAAGGUCCACUCGGCGUACGAGUUGAACUCCCGCUUGAAAGGCAUGCUCUUGUUGCUCCGGAAAUCCUGCACACAUGACAUGAAGCCAGCCAAGACACAGACGCCCACAGAUGGAUGGCACACGUGUGUGUGUGUGUGUGUGUGGAUGUGGGUGGCUCAGUGACCUCGGCGUGUCGUAGGAAGAAGUAGAUGGUGACGAACAGCAGCACCGGGAACAGCAGGAUCAAGUUCCACAAGGCCAUCCAGCGGAACCGAUACGACAACCUGACAGACAGACGCCCAUGUGGUGUGUUGGUGUGUGAGUGUGUGUGUCUAAUGGCGUGAUGAUCUGCCUACCCUACCUGUCUGGGAAGUUGAUGCAUUCCGGCCGUAUGCGGGAUCUGCUGUCGAAUAUCCACUGGAACAAGCAAAACCGGACGUUCCACAGUAAAGACCUGGACACGACACAAACCCAACCAUCACACGGUCCGGUCCCUCCUCUCUCCUCUCGCCCUGCCCUGCCCCCUCGGUCUGGUCUGUCUUAUAUAUUCUCACACACAUACUUGGUGUACAUGAGCCUGGCGGGUAUGAAUGGCGGCAGGUGUGCCGUCAGCAGGUGGUAGUUGGUCAAAGCAACCAGAAAGUUGUCCUCACGCAAGAUGAUGUUCGUGAUCUCUGCAUUGCCACACACACAUGAAGCGGCACACAGGGAUGGGAGGGAGGGAGGGACGGAGGGGGGGAGAUGUACCGAGGGCAGAGAGGUGUUCCUUGACGAUGCAGAAGGGCGAUAUGUCCUGCUGCCGUAUCAGCAAGGACAGCACCUCCGGCCAAUCCAACGCAUUCAGCGCCUCCUACACACACACAACCAACACACACACAGCAUCACGCACACACAUGAUGAGAGAUGACACUCCGGUGUGGUGUGUGUGAGGGGAUGAUUCCACGCACGUCUGAGGGGAUUUUGAGUCGAUCCCGAUAGUAGAUUGAGAUGUCGUGUGCCUCUUUGAGGUUGUGAUAGGACCAGUAGCAGUUGAGGCACCAGAACAGCAUGAACAGCCCGAAACAACACAACGACAGCACCUUCAACACCGUCAUGCUGCAAAGACACACACACACACACACACACAAACGAGUGUGGCGGCCUGUUUCCCUCUCUCUCUGUCUCUCGCUCUCUCUCUCUCUCUCUCUCUCUGCGUGUGUGUGUGUGUGUGUUUAUGAUGCUUCCUUCUUACGUAGCGAAGGGUUGUUGUAUGAAGAUGGAGACUUCCCUGCAGGUCUCCUCCGAGUCGCACUUGAGCACCGCACCCCAGUUGACGUACACCAGCAGGAAGAACGAAAACACUAUCGUGAACAGCAACGCACUGCAGUCAGGGAGGGAGGGCGAUGAUCGCACACACACGGAGAGAGAAGAGCGUGCAUGUGGGUGCAUUGGAUCUCUGUGUGUGUGUGAGAGGCGUACACGAGGUGUGUGACGUGCGAUGCGACGAUCGAGGCGAACCCCUUCUCCUCGUAAUACUUGUAAAACUGAACACACACACACACGCACACACACAAUCAAUGAACCAUUCGACUAAGCUAUUGUUGAGUUGUCAUGUCAUGUCAUGUCAUGUCAUGUCAUGAAGGGCUCAGCUCACAGUGGAUAGGAAUCUGUCGAGGUCCUGGACGGCAUCCCACUGGCGGCUCUGCCGGGGCGGCUCCUCGUGCAGCUCCUCGUACAACCCACCACCAUUGCCGACGCCACACAACGAAUGCAUCGAUACAAACAGACAGACCGACGACGGCUGAGGGCUGACGGGGGGGUUGAGGUGAGGUGGGGUGUCGGGGGUCAGGCGCUACGACACACUCACAAACGACACACCGAUAGUAUGGACAGUCACUGCACACACACCAAAACAGCACAGCACGACGAGCGAACACAGGUGAUUCCGGUGCGCUCAGAGGCGUCUGCUGCCCGCUGUGUGUGUCCCUUGUGAUCACCGCUCAUCCCCCUCUCCCUCUCACCUUCAGUGUGCCGUUCUGCGUCGUCAGCAGGAAUUGGUGUUCGCGAAUCAGGGCUUGUUGAGCGCAGUUUUCACUCUCCUUGUGGUCCAGCUGUCAACUGCACGUGGACGAACGCCUUGUUGUGUCCAUCUGACGCCAUUCUUCGACUUGGG